AACACCAGCCUCAUCAACCAGAAGAAGAAGAUGGAGGCAGACCUGUCCCAGCUUCAGGGCGAAGUGGAGGAGGCAGUGCAGGAGUGCAGGAACGCCGAGGAGAAGGCCAAGAAGGCCAUCACGGACGCCGCCAUGAUGGCGGAGGAGCUGAAGAAGGAGCAGGACACCAGCGCGCACCUGGAACGCAUGAAGAAGAACAUGGAGCAGACCAUCAAGGACCUGCAGCACCGGCUGGACGAGGCCGAGCAGAUCGCCCUCAAGGGCGGCAAGAAGCAGCUGCAGAAGCUGGAGGCCCGGGUGCGGGAGCUGGAGAAUGAGCUGGAAGCCGAGCAGAAGCGCAACGCAGAGUCGAUCAAGGGCAUGAGGAAGAGUGAGCGUCGCAUCAAGGAGCUCACCUACCAG